CGGCAAUGAGGCCACCGAAGGCGAUGCUUCAGCCAUACGCGUCGCAAAUGCCGCCUUCGAGCGCGACGGCGGCGUGGUCCACAAUGGCGGACAAAUGGUAGACAACAUGUCUGGUGGUGACGGUGGUUUCAGCUCAGCCUACAACAUGCCUACUUCCCGAUCUUCGGACGCGAACAGGGCCCAAACUCUUCCAGAAGCCCUUCGGAGAAGAGGAAGAAGGUGCAAAAGGCCUGUCGACCUUGCAAGCGAUCUCACAUGCCAUGCCAGGAACAGCGACCUUGUCCACGCUGUCUCAAGCGAGGCAUCCCCGAGCUCUGUAUCGAUGCGGAGCCCAUCGCACGACGACCUCGCAAGGAGGGCGAACGACAACAAGAACAGGAGCAGUCCCAGCAGCAGCAGCAGCAGUCACAGCAGUCUUUGGCCCAGGAUAUGCCAUUUGACUACCCCGAGGGUAUGGCGGACAUUCGACAGCUCGCCAAGGCCGCUCAUGCAGCAAAUUCGGCCCUAGGCUCCGGUGUCACUCACACACCACCUCAGAUGGAAGAUGCUGCAGGUGCAGACGGCUCGCAAGAAGUGCCUCGAGCAGCGGAAGUCUUGACCCAGGCUGGUGAGAUCGAUGCGUUGCGCUCGUCGCUUCAGCCUACCGCUGGAGACCUCCUCGACAAGUAUGGCUACCUUCCUCUGAGGAUCCUCGCCGACGCCGAGGUCACACCCACCAGCGGCGAUGCUGGUGCAGCAAAGGACAACUUUUCCUGGACACGCAGCUACGCCGAGCUUGCUCGUUGGGUAGUCAGUGACUUGCCUGCGCGAGUCGCAGCGGAGGUGGACAGUGUGGUGACGUCGCAGAGAAGUCAGCUGCUGCAGGAGGGCGCUCGCGUCUCCGAAGAGCUUGCAGAACUCGAAGCCGCGUCGGUAGCCUCCAUGGACGGCGCAGUCCACAGCGUCCUGGAAGGUAUACCCUUGCCCGUUGUACUCCUGCGAAGAUCGGGUGAGGUGUAUGCCAAGAACACCCUUGCGAGCAACACCUUUGCCCUGCUCCAGCCAACGACACAGGACAACUUUAUCAAGUACGGAUUCGGCCAGCACGCAGUCAGCAUUGCCAAGCUCAUCAAAAUGGCCACUACAGACAGUCUGAACUACGCCGUAAGCGACAUUGUCCCUCUCAUCACCAGCGGCGACGGCUCUCAGCCUUCCGCACCACUAGCUCAGAGCAGAUUCGUCCUCACCAUGGAGGCCAAAGAGUGGGUUCGAGCAAGCGACGUAGCUGGUCGUGCAGAGCGAUCCACUCGUCUACCAUUGUUCGUUACUUGUGUACUCACACCACUUGAUGCGGCGGCUGCUGCUGGUGCGUCGGCUAGAUUGCCGCUGCGCUGAGCGUGAGCUGGAGCUGAAGAGGCGCAGUUGUGUUCCCACCCAUGUACGUUACCAUUCUCGUUUUACCGUCGAAUCGAUUCAUGUAUUAGGCAGUUCUGGGGUCGUGGUGUAGCAAUGCACAGUGUGAUGACUCAUGUGAGAAAUUGAUUGAAUGAUUGAGAGUGGUUUGGUGUUGGGG